GGGUAAAAGAGUAACUUCCAACCUGCACGGUCUCAAACAGAGUACAGAGAAGAGCAACGGUCGGUAGGCGAGAUCGGCCUCGUCGCAGAAGAACGACACUAGAACCGGACAGAAAAAACAACUCAAAACCUGUCAGACCAUCGGAGAAGUCCAACUCCAAAGAACCUGAGAGGAAAUGGAGCCUUUGUUUUCAGAAGCAGCAGGGAGCCGAACCGGAGGAAAGAUGAUGAGUUUUCUACCAUACUUCUCCGCUGAGACCUGGACCCUCCUGGCCCUCCUCAUCACCCUCAUUGUAGUGUAUGGGUACUGGCCCUAUGGUGUAUUCACUAAGAUGGGUAUCCCUGGUCCCAAACCCCUACCUUACUUUGGCACAAUGAUGGAGUACAGAAAGGGCAUCACUAACUUUGACACAGAGUGCUUUCAGAAGUACGGGAGAAUCUGGGGGAUCUAUGAUGGGAGGCAGCCUGUUCUGUGUGUCAUGGACAAAAGUAUAAUCAAGACCGUCCUGAUUAAAGAGUGUUACAACAUCUUCAUCAACCGCAGGGACUUCCAUCUGAACGGUGAGAUGUUUGACGCGUUGUCCGUUGCCGAGGACGAUACGUGGAGACGGAUCCGCAGUGUCCUCUCACCUUCCUUUACCUCUGGACGACUGAAAGAGAUGUUUGGUAUCAUGAAGCAGCACUCUGCUAACCUGCUGAACGGAAUGAAGAAGCAGGCAGAUAAAGACCAGACCAUUGAAGUGAAGGAGUUCUUUGGGCCCUACAGUAUGGACGUGGUCACCAGCACAGCCUUCAGUGUGGACAUUGACUCUCUGAACAACCCUUCAGACCCCUUCGUCUCCAACGUCAAGAAAAUGACCAAGUUUGACCUUUUAAACCCACUGUUCCUCCUAGUCUGUUUGUUUCCCUUCACUGGUCCUAUCUUGGAGAAGAUGAAGUUUUCUAUCUUCCCGACUGCGGUGACAGACUUCUUUUACGCCUCGCUGAUUAAGAUCAAAUCUGGACGUGACACUGGGAUCUCAACCAGUCGGGUGGAUUUCUUACAGCUGAUGAUCGACUCUCAGAAAGGCAGCGACACAAAGACAGGAGAGGAACAGACUAAAGGACUGACUGAUCAUGAGAUCUUGUCUCAGGCCAUGAUCUUCAUCUUCGCUGGCUACGAGACCAGCAGCAGUACUAUGAGUUUCCUGGCCUAUAACCUGGCAACCAACCCCCAUGUCAUGACCAAACUGCAGGGGGAGAUAGAUACUGUGUUCCCCAACAAGGCUCCAAUCCAGUACGAAGCUCUGAUGCAGAUGGACUAUUUGGACUGUGUGUUGAACGAGUGUCUGAGACUGUACCCCAUCUCCCCGCGACUGGAGAGGGUUGCCAAGAAGACUGUGGAGAUUAACGGCAUCAUCAUUCCCAAAGACUGCGUUGUCCUGGUUCCCACGUGGACCCUCCACCGUGACCCAGAGAUCUGGUCCGACCCUGAGGAGUUCAAACCAGAGAGGUUCAGUAAGGAGAACAAGGAGCCUAUUGAUCCGUACACGUACAUGCCAUUUGGGGCGGGGCCCAGGAACUGUAUCGGGAUGCGCUUCGCCCUGAUCAUGAUCAAACUGGCCAUUGUCGAGAUCCUCCAGAGUUUCACUUUCUCCGUCUGCGACGAGACCGAGAUUUCACAUGACUGGGCAGGGGAGCAGCCAUGGCUGGGCCUAUGAGGGCAUAGGACCACCCACUUGAGAGCCAAGCCGACCCACUGGGGAGCUGGGCUCAGCCACUCAGAAUGAGUUUUUACACACUAAUUACAGAUAGAAAUACUCCUCCGUUCGCCCCCUCCCCCACUGAUGAUCCGCAGGGGAAGAAGCCGAAUGUGGAGAUCCUGGGCUGGCAACCGCAGACCAAUACUUCUCUGCACGCCCCCUCACCCCGCAAAUGAUCCUGGGCUGGCGUGGUUACAAGUGGUCUGCGGUUGUGAGGCCGGUUGGGACGUAGAGCCAAAUUCUCUAAAACAACUUUGGAGACGGCAUAUGGUAGAGAAAUGAACAUUCAAUUAUCUGAAAACAGCUCUGGUCAGCAUGCUGACUGUGGCAUUGCGUUGUGUGACAAAACUGCACAUUUUAGAGUGGCCUGUUAUUUCCCCCCAGCACAAGGUGCACCUGUGUAAUGAUCAUGUUGUUUAAUCAGCUUCUUGAUAUGCCACACCUGUCAGGUUGAUGGACUCUCUUGACAAAGGAUAAGAUGCUCACUAACAGGGAUGUAAACAGAUUUGUGGACAACAUUUGAGAGAAAUAGGCUUUUUGUGCCCAUGUUAAAAUUCUGGGAUCUUUUAUUUCAGCUCAUGAAACGUUUUUGUUAAGUAUAUCACUAUCUAUCACUCUAUUGCUCUAUCACUCUAGCUAUCUAUCACUCUAUCACUCUAUCUAUCACUCUAUCACUCUAUUGCUCUAUCACUCUAGCUAUCUAUCACUCUAUCACUCUAUCUAUCACUCUAUCACUCUAUUGCUCUAUCACUCUAUUGCUCUAUCACUCUAUCUAUCUAUCUAUCUAUCACUUUAUCUAUCUAUCUAUUGGCAACUGAAUAUUCAGUCCUUACCCUAACCCUGCUAUAGGCUACUGAAUAUUCAAGUCCUGACCCUGCUAUAGGCUACUGAAUAUUCAGUCCUGACCCUGCUAUAGACUACUGAAUAUUCAGUCCUGACCCUGCUAUAGGCUACUGAAUAUUCAGGCCUGACCCUGCUAUAGACUACUGAAUAUUCAGUCCUGACCCUGCUAUAGGCUACUGAAUAUUCAGUCCUGACCCUGCUAUAGACUACUGAAUAUUCAGUCCUAACCCUGCUAUAGACUACUGAAUAUUCAGUCCUAACCCUGCUAUAGGCUACUGAAAAUUCAGUCCUGACCCUGCUAUAGGCUACUGAAUAUUCAGUCCUGACCCUGCUAUAGGCUACUGAAUGUUCUGUCCUGCCCCUGCUAUAGACUACUGAAUAUUCAGUCCUGACCCUGCUAUUGGCUACUGAAUAUUUAGUCCUGACCCUCCUAUAGGCUACUGAAUAUUCAGUCCUGACCCUGCUAUAGUCCACUGAAUAUUCAGUCCUGACCCUGCUAUAGGCUACUGAAUAUUCAGUCCUGACCCUGCAGCUGAUUAUAGUUACUACUUAAUAUAAUAUGAUAAUAAGACUGCAUUCAUGAUGAAUGUUCAGUUCAGUCAGUUCAAUCAGAAAUUACAUUUAAAAUGGCACAUAGCUGACAAAGUGCUGGGAUUGAAUCCUGGUCUCAGUCUCAUGCUUGGUUUGAGUAGGACUCAGAAACCCAUUUCCACCAGGUAAAAGAGAGAUAGUAAUACUAUGGAUGCAUUAGAGGUACAUGUCUUGUUAAAGUUAGACACCAGGGGGUAUUAAAUCCAUGGCAUGAUGUCAUGUCUGGAUCCUGCACACUGGUGGCUGGUGGCUGGAAUUCUCCUAGAAUGUAGAACUCUGCCUGGUGUUCUCUAGAACUGUACUCUCAUUCUGUUCCUCUGGGUGUUCUGCUGUCCAGUCAUUCCAAAAUAGAAUCUUUACUGUCUGUUGAGAUGAUCCCUGCAGCUGCUUGGUUUUAACUUUAAUCAUCACAAACCAAUAAAAUCAUCACACUAAUGAACAA